CUUUUGAAGACUUCUCAUCUCCUGUUCUCCUCUCCUCAGAGAGUCGACAACCUUUACCACUGCAGACAUGAUGAGGAAGGCAUACUCAGUCUCAAGCUCUAGCAACAGCAUGAGGAGGUCCUUUGCACCAGUCAGCUACUCCGUACAAAGAUCCAGUUAUGGUGCUGGAGCUGGUGCGGGUGCUGGUGCUGGUCUUGGUUUUGGUGCUGGUUCUGGAUUUGCCAUGUCUUCAAUGGGGGGUUCUGGUGGCUAUGGCUUUGGUUCUUCUUCAAGCCAAGCCGCAGGCACCUACAUCCCUCCACCCAUCACAGCUGUCACAGUCAACCAGAGUCUGCUGGCCCCUCUGAAUCUGGAGAUCGACCCCCACAUCCAGGCUGUCCGCACCCAUGAGAAGGACCAGAUCAAGACCCUCAACAACCGCUUUGCCUCUUUCAUCGACAAGGUCCGUUUCCUGGAGCAGCAGAACAAGAUGCUGGAGACAAAAUGGAACCUCCUUCAGGACCAGACCAUCACCCGCUCCAACAUUGAUGCAAUGUUCGAGGCCUACAUUGCAAACCUGCGCAGACAGCUCGACGGACUGGGCAAUGAGAAGGUCAAGCUGGAGGGAGAACUGAGGAACAUGCAGGGCCAGGUUGAGGACUUCAAGAAGAAGUAUGAAGAUGAAAUCAACAAACGUGCAGCUGCAGAGAACGAGUUUGUGCUCCUGAAGAAGGAUGUUGAUGCUGCCUACAUGAACAAGGUGGAGCUGGAGGCCAGGGCCGAUGCUCUUCAGGAUGAGAUCAACUUCCUCAGGGCCGUCUAUGAGGCUGAGCUUCGUGAGCUGCAGAGCCAGAUCAAGGACACCUCUGUCAUCGUGGAGAUGGACAACAGCCGUAACCUGGACAUGGAUGCUAUUGUGGCUGAAGUGCGUGCUCAGUAUGAGGACAUUGCCAACCGCAGCAAGGCUGAGGCUGAGACCUGGUACAAACAGAAAUAUGAGGAGAUGCAGACCUCUGCUGGACAGUAUGGUGAUGACCUGCGCACAACCAAGGCUGAGAUCUCUGAGCUGAACCGCAUGAUCGCCCGUCUCCAGAAUGAGAUUGAGGCUGUCAAGGGACAGAGGGCUAGCCUUGAGGCUCAGAUCGCAGAGGCUGAGGAGCGUGGUGAAUUGGCAGUUAAGGAUGCCAAGUUACGCAUCAAGGAUCUAGAGGAUGCUCUGCAGAGAGCCAAGCAGGACAUGGCCCGCCAGGUGCGCGAAUACCAGGAGCUGAUGAAUGUCAAGCUGGCCCUGGACAUUGAAAUCGCUACCUACAAGAAACUGCUGGAAGGAGAGGAGUCCAGACUGGCAAGCGGAGGCUCAAAUGCAACCAUCCACGUGCAGCAGACAUCAGGAGGUGCAGGAUUCUCCAGCUCCAGCUCCAGUGGUGGAUUUGGCUAUGGUGGCGCCAGCUUGUCUGGUGGUUAUGGUAUGCCUGGUACCAUUACCAAGUCCUCGGUUACAACAACCAGUUCCAUGAGACGGUAUUAAAAAGGAGAGCCAUCCCUCAUACCCUUCAAAAACUCAUGCUCAUUGAACAUGAUCUGAAUGUGUACACAGUCAUGAUUCUAUGCAAUAAAUUAAGCGUGUUCAACAAGACAGCCUGAUAUACGCUGUUACACUUUUGUUUCAAAGAUCACUGGCUGCAUUUCUUACUCUGCUCUGAUUAACAUGAUUUAACAAGAGUUUCUGAAGAUAGACAUGACCCUAGAUCAAGAAGAUCAAAUGUUUA